AUGGUCGAGAGGGGUGUCUCAGGACUGAGCUCGAUGCCGGAAGGCUUGCGUCGUUGGCUUCGAAGUGCAGAGAUGCACAAGCCAGACGUGAGACCGCUAUCCCGGUUGCAGAAUCCAGAGAGUCAAGAACGGUACACCGGGUACUGGAAGCGAAUGGUUUGUUACUGUCUACGAGUAUGGUGCACUCGUCACGAAGCCACGGACAGCGAGUCAAGUGGCGAUGGCAGCAACAAUGACGAUACCGAAAGCGACAGCGAUGAGGUAAACAGUGUGUACAAUGCUAACGCCAACACUGAUGAGGUAAACAGUGUGUACAAUGCUAACACCAACACUGAUACCGACGACGACGACGACGACGACGACGACGACGACGACGACGACGACGACGACGACAAUUCCGACACAGAUCCACAACACGAUCAAGGCAGACGGCAAGCACAAGAUCACAUGCACGAUGCUCGGAGGCUCUUCCCAUGGAACGACCAACUCGAAAGAGCAUUAGAGGAGGUGUGGAGAUUGAUCGUUCUCGAGGGAGACACAUCAUCCGUAGAAGACGAUCAAAUCCCAGCGAUGGUAGAGCUCAGUCGGGUGUUGUUGUUNCAAAAGGUGUGGAACGACCGCUUCGACAGCGCUCUAAUCCAUUUCAUGGCCGUGAUGGGCAUCGACGAGACCAACGCUCGGCUACGCGAUGGCAACGACUACUCUUACAUGAUCGCCGGACUGGUGUACGUGUCCAGGAUCGUGACCGCCGAAGCUCUGCUCCCAUCACUCGACCGCGAAAACCAAGGGGAGGCCGACUUCGAGGCAUUUCUCGAGCAGAGAAAAGAGUUUCUAGCCGACGGAUCGAUGAGCGUGAUGGGAGAGAUGUUGAGCUUGCUAGCGUACGGAAAGAAGAUCGCAAAGAACUUCCACGCCCAGGGGAAGCUGCACUGGACUCACGACGGAGCCGGCGUCGCUCUCGGCAGCAUCGAGUUCACGGUGUACAACUUCAAGUCCAUGGCACGCUCCGCUCUAGACGAUUGCGAAGACUACAUGUGGAGGGAUCUCAUGUGGGCAGGCCGCAAGGCAGAUCGCUUCGUGUUAGAUCUCGAUAGCAUCACCGACGACAUGACGGUGAAGAAGAGAGGCUGGUACUUCGGUGCCGACCCGAACCAGGAUCUCGAAGCACAAGGUCUCGACUGGAUGUUGAAGAGGAUGCUAGGCUCGAACCAGGGGAAGAAGAUGCGCAGAGGUGACCAGUGGCAGUCGAGACUGGUGGCCAACUAUCUCCGGAGGGUGGACAAGUUCAGGGAGCUGUUCAUAUUCUGCGUGCACGUCUUGAGCGGCCAGCCCGCCAGAGGAACCGAGAUCACCAGUCUGCGCUUCCGCAACGGAGUGGCCAACCACCGCAACGUCUUCGUCUUGGACGGCAGAGUGAUGACGGUGACGAGCUACCACAAGUCACAAGCAAUGCUCGACAUGCCCAAGAUGGUGCCACGCUUCUUGCCGUGGAAACUGGGUCAGAUCGCGGUCAUCUAUCUCACCCACGUGCGGGCGUUCGCCGAGUUGCUGUCGGUGCAGGUACAGUACGGUCAAGGAUGGAGUGACUACAUCUGGGCGGACUCGCACGGCCCGUGGGAGACGCAGAAGCUCACCGACACGAUGAAACGAGAGACGGCCAAACGACUGAAGGCCAAGCUACACACCCAGAACUACAGACACGCCGCCGUCUUUCUAGGCAGGAGAUUCGUCGGACCGAGGUUCGCCAAAGGCUACCGAGAGGAGGCCGAAGAUCCGGAAGAAGCCCAGGCGGGUGAUAUGGAUGACGAUCUCGAGGAGGGCAACGCGAUCGAGCUACAGAAAGCCGGCGGCUUCGGCACCGGAGCCGGCAGAUACGCGGUCAGAGCGGACAUCUUGAAGUAUCUCAACCAAGAGUCGAUCGACAUCUUCGGCGAUCUCAGCGAAAGCUGGCACAGGUUUUCGAGCUCGACCACAGAGAUCCGAAGAGGAAAAGAAAGGCCGAGAGCAGCAGCAACAAAGACGAUGGGAUGCAAACCGUCGACUUUGAAGGAUUGA